UACUUGCCGUGUGGAAUACUGAGUGACACAGGGUUAUGCCUUAUCUUGCGGACGCCCUUCGCCUAACUACAGGAAGUUUGAUGUUAGACCUUGGGCCACUCUUCAGUCUAUCAUCAUGGGAUUCAUUAUAAACUUUGGCGCCUUUAUUAGCCUUACUGUCAUAUUCAGGGGAGCGGACGCCUUGAAAUGUUUUACCUGUGAUAGAAUGGCCUACCCAAGAGACUGUCCAUAUAUCGCCGAGUGUGGUCCCCACGAGGAAUGUUAUUUACGAAAAUAUGAGACGGUUGACGGACAUGAAUUCUUCAAAUCUGGUUGCCGUGAUAGACUUAUGUGUAGUGCACUAGGUAAACGUGACGUCAUGUCGGCAGCAGGGAAACGCUCUAACCUGGGACAGGAGAUCCUCGUUUGUCAAGAGUGUUGUGACACUGAUCACUGUAACUAUGGCGGAUGUGGAGAACCGGGUUUCCCUCCACGAGGAUCCAGAGGACCAAUAUGUUAUACCUGUAAGCAACAACAAACGGAUUCCUCGUGUAACGAGGUCGCUGUAUGUGGGCGGGACCAGGCUUGCUUCGUUCAGGUAGCUUAUGACGUCAUUUAUGAUCAUGUUUACAACAGCUACUGCGGGACAGUUGAUCUUUGUAACAGGAUUUCCAUGGUAGGACGGAAGCGAUCCUUACCCGUUCAUUGUUGUACCGACGAUUUAUGCAUUUCCGGUUUCAAUUCGACGCAUGCACAAACUAAAGCUCCAGUAACUACACCAGUUGCUACGCCUGCUGCAACUGUUGCCCCAGUAACCACUGCGGCUCCCGCACCGACAAACGCAUCUGCUCCCCGAUGCCCACCUAUAACCUCACAGUUCCGGAACUCAUGUUAUUACUUCUCAACGGAAGUUAAAUAUUGGAGUCAAGGCCAGCAAAUAUGUAUAGCAAGGGGAGGUAACCUAGCGGCUAUUGAUGAUCAGGAUGAAAACGACUUUAUAAUUAGUCAACUUAAACAGAAGUUGGCCAAUGGAGAAAUACCAGGUACGAUAUGGGGAUACUACUUCGGAGCACACAUUGUGAAUGGUCACUGGGUGAAGCCAGAUGGGACUAGUUUGACCUUCACGAACUGGGGACACGGUGAGCCUGACCUACCCUCGUCACAGCCGUAUGGUCUUAUCUUCCUACCCGGCCAGUAUGUUGGCGGAUACCUGUGGGGUAGCAAUGCUGAUAUUGAUGGCGUCGAACGUUAUAUCUGUGAAAUUAAACUACACUGAUAUUGAUGGCGUCGCACGUUAUAUCUGUGAAAUUAAACUACACUGAUAUUGAUGGCGUCGCACGUUAUAUCUGUGAAAUUAAGCUACACUGAUAUUGAUGGCGUCGAACGUUAUAUCUGUGAAAUUAAGCUACACUGAUAUUGAUGGCGUCGAACGUUAUAUCUGUGAAAUUAAACUACACUGAUAUUAUUGGUAAUUAGUUUUAUAAUAAACAUGUAUAGAUAUGACA